AUGGGUCGGCUCGACUGGAGUGAUACCACGGCCUCACAGAAAACCGCCGUGAAGCAACCACAGCGUUGGGUUUCGCCGUUGCUGUGGUCGGAGAUCGUCACUCGAUCCCCGAUGCUCAAAAGGAUGAUAGAGGACAGAUCCUUCACGCGCUUGGCCUCCUCCUUUGUGAGCAUCAUUGCUUCGCAGCAGAAGGAGACGACUUUCCAGUUCUUCUCGCUUUGCACCUUGGCCUCGACUAAAAACGGCCAUGAUCACUCGUCUGAGAACGCGGCGGUGCUUAUCCCAAGCAGGGCAGACCUCCAUCGUCCGCUCUGCCGUGUCCUCUGGGUGGUCCUCAACCGCAAAUCAAAUCUAACAACCUAUUAUGCCUAUCGGUGGAGUCCAUUGCUUACCAUCAGGCUUGGUUCCAAAGAUUACCCCCUACAUACCUCCUUCUGUGAUGCAGUUAUGCUCGCAGAGGGAGGCGGCCCGCGUGAGGGAGCAAUCCUCCUCCUCACACCCCAGCCGCCGCAACAGGCGACACGACGGGCGUCGGGGAUCAAGGGACGAUCUCCGGCCCGGCGAGUAAGGGCAGCUCACCGCUCGACGAGAACCAGACCCGAGCGUACGGCGCGUAGCGCUCCGCGCGCGCCUCAAAGAUCCAAUAGACCACCACAGACGGGGUCCUAUAGGACUGAAGUUCAGCAGGUGGAGGAACAGGGGGGGGUUUUAGUCAUGUGGGAGAGCCAUGCUUCUGCACGAAUGUGUCGGCUCGACCGGAAUGAUACAACGGCCUUACAGAAAAAUAACCACAACGUUAUUUCACCGUAUGAGUGA